AAUUAUAUAAACGUCCUCGCGAGACCCUUGUGAUCUGCACCAACCAUUCACUUACUAUCAAUCUUGCAUAAUAUCAUUAGCAAACCAAAAUGGCCUUCAAAAAUGUUUCUGUGAUUUUACUACUAUUUUCGGUCGCUCUUGUUGCAGCUAUAGCUGAUGCUCGGAUUGACCUUAACGAGAUUUCUACUGAACAUUCUCCAUCUGCAGGUUUUGGACAAAAAUUCUGCUCUAACUGUGAGUGCGAGAAAGAAUCCGAAACCACAAAAUGUUAUCGUACGGACGUGAAGGUAGGCGGAUGCCCCUUACGUUGCAAAGGAACUUGCAUUUGUACACUAGGUAUCCCACCAAUAUGCAUUUGCAAAUAUAAGGUUGAGACCUGCAAUCCUGAAAAAUGCAACUCCAUCAGUACUACUGAUAUGCUGACGUUUGAGAAUCUUCUCGCUGUCAAAGGCGCAUGAUGAAUAAUUAGAAACUAUAUAUUGCAUGCUACAUGCAAUAUAUUACGCCUAUUAUAUAUGUAUGUUUAUAAAACUACCAAGUCACUAGAAAACUUGGGGGUAAUUAAAGCUUGCCACGCUUCAACCACUGCUGUGAUGUUGAGGCUUUUAAUAAAUAAGUGUAAGCGUAUCAUAAUAAUGAAGUAAAACUUCAGUAA